AUGGAGAUGAAGAAGCCCCCAUCCCUGGAGGGCUUCGUCUCCGUGGUACUUUCCAAGCGCAGGGCGCUAUUCCGCUUCGGACUUGGCCUGUUUGCAUUGCUCUUGGUUUUCAUGCUGAUCUCCGUCGGCAGCGAUAACGGCGCAGCCGAUGUCGAUUUCUCUGAUUCUAUGCUUCUUUGGAUCUUCUCCGUCACUCCCGCUGUACGAUCGCCGCACCAACAGGAGUUCUGGUCGCCGGAGAGAGAGGAUCAUGUGGUAGAGCGGGGUGGUGAGGUGAAAGCAGAUAUUAAGGGAACAGGUUCGGGUGGCAGUGCACCUGCAGAUGGGAGCAGGGACAGAAAGGGAGGCGCGCUGGAAAAAUCUGACCGGAAGCGCACCGGCGUGGGUUCUGAUAUGAGUGACAGAACGAAUGCAGCUCCCCAGACAGCAGCUACCCUCAGAGUCUCUUCCUCGGGGAGGAUACGCAGUGGGCUUGACGGUAAGUGCGAUACUUUCAAGGGCAGAUGGGUGAGAGAUGAAAGCAAGCCGUAUUAUCCACCAGGUUCAUGCCCUUACAUUGAUCCGGAUUUCAACUGCCAAGACAAUGGAAGACCUGAUGACGAUUUCAUGAAGUGGAGGUGGCAGCCGAAUGAAUGCGAAAUUCCCAGGUAAGAGAGACGCAUUUCUCACGUUUACUCGUGUAAGAUACCCAAUAAAUCCCGUGCUUUUCGAGCUGUCUCGGACAUGGAUGACGUUGAAUCAGAUCUGCUAGUAAAUUAUACCCAAUAAAUAGUGUUUUAUUCGAGAUUAAUCUCAUUUUAGACAUGGUUUUAUAAUUUAUGCAUUGAUGAUAUCAUCAGUUUUCUCAGAAUCAUGACGGAAAUAAUACCAAAAACUAUGAAGAUUUCCCUUUGAAGUGCUGAUAAUUCCACUUAUCCGAAUCUUUAGACUCUUAUUUUAAUGAUUUUGCAUGAACCAAAAUCUUCUGUUCCUUCUUAACAGGUUGAAUGCGACCGAUUUUCUGAGAAGGUUGAGUGGCCAGAGGCUGAUCUUUGUUGGAGACUCACUAAACCGAAACAUGUGGGAAUCUCUCGUGUGCAUUCUUCGACAUAGCAUACAGAACAAGAACAGGGUUUAUGAGAUGUCCGGGAAGAGGCAGUUCAAAACAAGCGGAUAUUAUUCUAUCAUAUUCGAGGUGGGCUUCUUAUAUUAUUUUCAAACUCUCAUUUCAGGAAUUAAUUAAAACAUAUCAUUUAUUCUUUAUUUCAUUUCAGGAUUAUAACUGCUCUGUGGACUUCGUAAGGUCCCCGUUUCUUGUCAGAGAAGUGUUCAAUGGUAGCCUAAAUGGGUCGGAAGGUGAGAAGCUGAGAUUGGAUGUAAUGGAUGGAACGACUUCAGCAUACCAGAAGGCAGAUAUCGUGGUUUUCAACACAGGACAUUGGUGGACUCAUGAGAAGACAUCGAAAGGGUGAGCAUAGUUAUUAAGAUUAUUUAUUCGGUAGAUUCAUGCAUUUAUUGCCUAAAUCAAAUGACAGGAUCAACUAUUAUCAAGAAGGGGAUCGGGUAUAUUCGGUUCUCGAUGUCAUGGAAGCUUACAAGAAGGCUCUUUGGACUUGGGCGAAAUGGGUCGACGAGAAUAUCGACUCCAGAAAAACUCAGGUUAUGUUCAGAGGGUAUUCUCGCACCCAUUUCAGGUAUAUUUCCCGAAAACUCAUCUGGAAUCAUUUCAACGAGUAUUUCUGUGGAAAUUGGCUUCUCAUUUCAUGUUCAGGUCUAUGCAUCAGAUCAUUCUCUCUCUCUCUCACUAUCUCUCUCUCUCUCGCUCUAUCUAUCUAUCUAUCUAUCUAUCUAUUUCUCUCUCUCUUGUGGUUGCAAUUCCCUCUGAUACUUUUUCCGGUUAAAUCUUCCAUUUUCUUGAACACGACCCCGUGGCGAUCAUGUUCGGGUCUAUCCAUCAGAUCAUUCUCUCUCUCUCUCUCUCUCUCUCUCUCUCUCUCUCUCUCUCUCCCUCCCUUUGAUACUUUCUCUGGGUAAAUCUUCCAUUUUUCUUGAACACGACCCCGUGGCUAUCAAGUGACGAGCUUCCCGAUCUUCUGCAGCGGGGGACAAUGGAACUCGGGGGGCCAGUGCCACCAGGAGACCGAGCCCAUCACCAACCAGAGCUUCCUGAGGGACCACCCCGAUAAGAUGACGGCUCUGGAACAGGUACUGAUGCGGAUGAGGACCCCGGUGAUCUACCUCAACGUCAGCCGCCUCACAGACUACCGAAAGGACGGCCACCCUUCGAUCUACAGAAAGAACUUCAAGACAUCCACGCAUCAGAUCGCCCGGGAGAAGCCCCAAGACUGCAGCCACUGGUGCCUCCCCGGAGUGCCCGACGCGUGGAACGAGCUGCUCUAUGCGUCUCUGCUGACGGUGGGGAGAGGAUCCUGGGGAACCCAGUCAGAUGCCUAA